AUCUAUCACCGGACACGCCCCAGUCAAAUCCGUCGACCAGCCCUCUCCGGCCCCUCCUCCGCGACCAGAUCGACGGUUACCCCAUCGUCAUCUGUCAUCCCUCUUUCCCUUCGCGCACCGGCAGAUCCACGCGGGCGGCGAUCCUCCUCGUCGGUGGCUCACCCUACGCGACGCUCCUCUGUAGCCAUGUCUACAAUGAAGGGACAGACAAGGAGGGAGAGGCCUAGAACUCGCCCUCAUGGCCUCACACAACAGAAGAGGCAGGAAAUAAAGGAAGCAUUUGAUCUUUUCGACACCGAUAACUCUGGAACCAUCGAUGCCAAAGAGUUGAAUGUUGCGAUGAGAGCCUUGGGAUUUGAGAUGACAGAAGAGCAAAUCAAUCAGAUGAUUGCUGAUGUAGACAAAGAUGGCAGUGGAUCGAUAGAUUAUGAGGAGUUUGAGCACAUGAUGACUGCCAAGAUUGGGGAGAGGGAUACUAAAGAAGAGCUUACAAAGGCGUUCCGCAUUAUUGACCAAGAUAAAAAUGGGAAGAUUUCAAAUGUUGAUAUUCAGCGUAUUGCCAAGGAGUUGGGUGAGAACUUCACUCUCCAAGAGAUCCAAGAGAUGGUUCAAGAGGCAGAUCAAAAUGGCGAUGGCGAGAUAGAUUUUGGCGAGUUUGCCAGGAUGAUGAAGAAGACCAGCUAUGGUGGUUACUAGGUGGGGAUGACAUCUGUGAGCGUCUGGAUCUUUGUGUGGUUGUUCACAAUAACCGCCACAUGUUUGCCUGAUGUACUCACUGCUGUAUUACUCUGAACAAUCCCGCUGAACUCUGUGUGUACUUAAUGGUAACAUGUUUCUGUA